AUGGAUCAUCGUGCAGCCUUGGAAAUGGACAAAAUCAACCCGAAUCGCCAGUCGAAUGUCACGGAUGAUGAAGAAGAACAAGACGCUGCAUUUACCAUUGUCAGAGUCCUGGACAAGGUAGCCACCAUAGUAGACAGUGUGCAGGCCAGUCAAAAACGCAUUGAGCAGCGCCACAGAGAAAUGGAAGACGCCAUCAAGACAAUUCAGAUUGACAUUCUAAAGCUGGCUCAGGCACACGGCAACACAGGAUUCACAGUUAACAGGCUGUUGGAGAAAACUCGCAAAGUUAGUGCUCAUGUCAAAGAAGUGAGAGCCCGAGUAGAGAAGCAGAAUGCUAAUGUGCAGAAGGUAGAGACCAAACAGGAAGAAAUGCUGCGGAAAAACAAGUUUCGUGUUGUCAUUUACCAGGAAGACAUUCAGUGUCCAUCUUCUCUGACAGUUGUCAAAGACCGGACACAAGGGGAAAGCACAGAUGCCUUCUGCCCACCCGAUGAUCUCUCUUCUGAUGAGGAGUAUUACAUAGAAGAAAGCCGAGCAGCCCGUUUUAAGAAAUCAGGCAUGAGGCGCAUCAACAACAUCAAAAAGGCAUUUUCAAGAGAGAACCUUCAGAAAACAAGGCAAAAUUUUGGCAAGAAGGUGGACAGACUUCGUACUCGAAUAGUAACACCUGAGAGAAGGGAACGAAUAAGGCAAUCAGGAGAGAGGUUGAGGCAAACUGGGAUACGGUUCAAGAAAAAUAUCUCCAAUGUGGCACCAAUUAAGGAGACUUUGAAGAAGCAUAAGAAAACUAAAGAGCAACCAGGGGUUGAAGGUCAACAAGGAAUCCAAGAGUCUGCCACCGAUACAGCAAUAGAAAGUAGGGAUGCUGAACCAGCCACUGAAGAAAUUUCCUACACUGAAGUGAUAACCAAAGUGAAGAAGGACAAAGGGGGUGGAUCAAAAAGCCUUUCUCAGGCAGAUGAGAAGGUAACGAUUCCUCCUGAAAAGGACCUGCUCAAACCAGAGACAAAAGAAGACGACACCAUUCUACUGGAUCUAAAGCAGUCAGCUUAAAUGGCAAAUGUCUGUUGGUGUGGCGGUGUCACUAUGACAGGGAAAGAGCAAUUCCUUUUAUGUCGAAGAUGCAGAUCAGUGGCUUUCACACUGCCUGAAGAAACCUUGACUUAUUGCAUGUUGCAGAAAGUUUGGGGCCCAGCCCAAGGCUUGGUUUCUGUUUGGACACUCCAUAUUGGUCAAUUGGAUUUAUCUGCCACCCCACCCAAAACAAGCAGCAUGCUUUAGGACAUUCUUUUCCUACCUUGUGUUCCAAUGUAUUUUGUCUAAAAUGUCCAUUAUCCCCAUUCUUACUAUGGAUUACAGUAGUGGUGCUCCAGAGGGUGCCUGGUUGUAGAAAGUUGAUGUAGGACUCUUUCAGCAUCUCCCAAUAUUUUACAGGAAAGUAAUGACAGACUUGCUAUCCUCACACAGUUUGCCUGAUGAUUAUUUGUUCUGGACAAUCCCUAAUAAAAUCCAAAGGGAAAUUUAGAAUCUUUAUGUAAAGAAAUGUGUGUUAAAUUACAGAAGAGAAUAGAUCUGUAUGUAUAUACUGUUUUCU